UUAAAUUAAUCCUUUCUCUCUCUCUCUCACCUUACAAAUUUAACACUUUCCCUUUCCCUUUCUUUCUUUCUUUCCUCCUUCUUCUACUUUUACUCCUUCACCUUCUCUCUCUAUACAGUGUCAAUUUUCUCCGGCAACUUUGUUUCACUCUCUCUCUUGUUGACUUCGCCGAUCACCGUCGCUACGCGGCCAUGGGGCAUUGUUGCAGCAAAAACAUCGCCGUCAACAACGAGACGGUGCCCCCCGAUCACCGCCCCAAGACUCCGCAUUAUGCUCCGCCGUCUCCUCCACCGGCUUCAGGGAGCUCGCUAUCCGGCGCGACGCCGGGGAGGAACACGCCGGCGCACUCGUUUUCCACCAGCCCCUUCCCGAGUCCUCUCCCGCCCGGGGUGGCGCCGUCCCCAGCGAAGACUCCGGGGAGGAAGUUCCGGUGGCCGCUGCCGCCGCCCUCUCCGGCGAAGCCGAUCAUGGCGGCGCUGCUGCGGCGGCAGGGAAAGGCGAGGCCUAAGGAAGGACCUAUACCGGAGGAGCAAGGGGAGGGUGGCGGUGAGGGAGAGAGGUCGCUGGAUAAGAGUUUCGGUUAUGGGAAGAAUUUUGGGGCGAAGUUCGAGUUGGGGAAGGAAGUGGGUCGAGGGCAUUUCGGUCACACUUGUUGGGCCAAAGGGAAGAAGGGAGAGCUUAAGGGACAAUCCGUUGCUGUAAAAAUCAUAUCCAAAGCUAAGAUGACUUCAGCGAUAGCAAUUGAAGAUGUGCGGAGGGAGGUGAAAAUGUUGAAGGCCUUAUCAGGACAUAAGAACUUGGUCAAGUUUUAUGACGCAUUUGAGGAUGUCAACAACGUCUACAUUGUUAUGGAGUUGUGUGAGGGUGGAGAAUUACUUGACAGAAUUCUAGAUAGAGGUGGGAGAUAUCCAGAGGAUGAUGCCAAAGCUAUUCUUGUACAAAUUCUAGAUGUAGUUGCAUUUUGUCAUCUUCAGGGAGUUGUUCACCGUGAUCUAAAACCAGAGAAUUUUCUAUUUGUCUCAAAAGACGAGGAUGCUGUGAUGAAAGUUAUUGAUUUUGGGCUCUCUGAUUUUGUCAGGCCAGAGCAACGCCUCAACGAUAUUGUUGGCAGUGCUUACUAUGUUGCACCUGAAGUGCUCCAUAGAUCUUACAGUGUUGAAGGAGACUUGUGGAGUAUUGGGGUUAUAUCGUACAUAUUGUUAUGUGGAAGUAGACCAUUUUGGGCACGCACUGAAUCAGGAAUUUUCCGGUCUGUGCUACGAGCGAAUCCUAACUUUGAUGAUUCACCUUGGCCAUCAAUAUCACCAGAAGCUAAAGACUUUGUGAAGAGACUUCUGAACAAAGACCACAGAAAAAGGAUGACUGCUGCUCAAGCUUUAGCUCACCCAUGGUUGAGAAAUGAAAAGAAUCCCAUUCCUUUAGAUAUCUCGAUUUACAAGUUAGUAAAGUCAUAUGUGCGUGCCUCACCUUUGAGACGUGCAGCAUUGAAGGCCCUCGCGAGAGCAUUGACGGAAGAUGAGCUAUUCUACCUCAGAACACAGUUUAACCUCUUGGAGCCUAAAGAUGGCUGCGUUUCGCUUGAGAAUUUUAGAGUUGCUCUCAUGAAAAAUGCAACUGAUGCCAUGAAAGAAUCAAGGGCCCCUGACAUUUUAAAUCUGAUGGAGGCACUCUCCUAUAAAAAAAUGGAUUUCGAAGAGUUUUGCGCUGCUGCUAUCAGUGUAUACCAGCUGGAAGUUCAUCCAGAAUGGGAUAGAAUUGCCACAACGGCUUUUGAAUACUUUGAGGAGACAGGAAACCGAGUCAUUUCUGUUGAGGAGUUGGCUCAGGAGAUGAACUUGGGUCCUUCAGCUUAUUCUUUAAUGGGUGAUUGGAUCAGAAAAUCUGAUGGAAAACUCAGCUUGGUCGGAUAUACAAAGUUUUUGCACGGUGUCACAAUGCGUAGUUCAAAUACAAGACACCGACAGCUAGUAUAACGAAAAGGGAGAUUCGAUUAUUAUUAUUGUUAUUAUAUUAUUAUUAUUGUUAUUAUUAUUAUUAUUAUUAUGGUAAUAUUUGUUGAAAUUA